ACGAUGUUUGAUCAUAAAUAAAAAUAAAUAAAUCUCGUUUAGCAUAAACAUAAAAAAUAUAUCUAAAGAAAAGGCAUCUCCUAGGACCAUGCUAAUAAAAUAAUAUUGUUUUAGUGCUUAAUAAUUGUAUGUAAUCAUGACUAAAACGCCCCAGGAAUUUAUACAGGGCUCGUUCUCUCCAUUAAUUGCAACUUUAUGUAGUUCUAAGGUUGAAAAUAUUGUAUCUAAGAAUAAUCUAUCAUUUCCCGAAUUAUUACAACCUUUUGCAACGCUUAAUUCGGAAGGCCAGUUUCGUGAACCGGGUGGCAAUUUAUGCACUGUUAAAAAUUGGAAACUGGUAAUAAGAGAUGUUAAUUGGAAGCCACUUCAACCAACAGAGGCUAGAAGACAACUUAAUAAUGCAGUCUUGCAUAAUUAUGAGGAUAAAACUACUCCACAAAAUUUUGAAGGUCACCGGUUUGAGGUACCCCAAGGGACUCCAUGGUUUGAUGCUUGGAGGGAAACAUACUUUGAAGUUCAGUUUCCAUCAGAUCAUGAAUUCACCAAACACUUUUUGUCAUGUAUAAUUGUUGCAACAACACUUGAAGAGAAUAUAGUAGAUACAUAUAAUGUCUUAAAUCAACAAUAUGCUCAGCUGCAAAAUGUCACUCCACCUAAACUACCAAAAUGGUUUAAUAAUGCAGUUCUGAAGUCAUAUCUGUUACUGCAUGAUAAUUCAUUAGUUUCUAAAGAAAAAGCAGAAUUAGCAUUUGAAACACUAAAGCAAACAUUUGGUGCUACUAAUUGUUUUAUGUUGACAAUCAAUUCUAGACAGGCACAGGAUGCUAAAUUACCUGUAGACUACUGGGCUAAUUUUGUCAAAACACCUUCAGAUACAUCAAACAUUGCAAUGACUAAUUUAUCAUCAUCAAGUACAAACUUAACUAUUACUCAAGAUUCACAGGCACAAUUUCCUACAGGCAAUGUUUCAACACCAGAGGAAAAUCCCACAAAUUCCCCCACUGUACAAGAAGGUGCACAUCCAUUAACCACAAAUGAAAAUGAUGUCUAUGACAACGCUAACAGUCUACAGACACACUCGUUUUCGGGUAGUUCAGAGAGUGUUAAUGUAACUGGAAGAGCUAUAGAUACUUCAGAAGUCCAUGGAGCAGCUCUCAACCCUCAGGAUGUUGAGGCUAUAAAAAAGUAUUUACAGGAUUAUGCAUAUAAAGCAUUACUUCCACAUAUAGAAAAACAAAUUGCUCAACUCACAGAAAUAGUAGCAAAUAAAAAAGGUGUAAGCAGAUCAUUACUGUCAGCCACCAAAAGGUGGUUCACUACUGGCAAAUCUGGUACAACUACAGUAAACAAUACUGUUAUAUAUUCAAGCGACUGUCCAGAACUGCAAUUACGGAGGCUGGGAGAUCUUUGGUUUCUAUGUGGUCAAUGGCAACGCGCUUUUGAUACCUAUCAUACUGCUAAAAGAGAAUUUUACGCUGACAGUGCUUGGCUCUGUUACGCUGGUGCUCUUGAAAUGGCAGCUAUAAGUGCCUUUAUGGCUGGAGAUGCGAAUCGAAAAACUCAUGGCUACAUAGAAGAAAGCAUAGUUACUUAUUUGAAUACCUGUCGAAUGGUACAGUAUGCUGUGAGAGCUACCUUACUCUCCGUACCCUGUCUAAUUCACUAUGGAAUGUAUGGUGAAGCUGCAAAGCAACUUAUUAGAAUGACAUCGGAAGACAGUGACUUGAGGAGUGCCAUGUUGUUGGAACAAGCCGCUCUUUGCUUUUUAUUAGGACCUAGCAAUAGAGUUAUGUGCAGAAAGUACGCAUUCCACAUGGUUCUUGCCGGCCAUCGAUUUUCAAAAGCUGGGCAGAAGAAACACGCUUAUCGUUGCUAUAAACAAGCUUAUCAGAUCUACGCGGAGAGCGGGUGGCGGCUCUCGACGGACCACGUGCAGUUCGCGCUGGGGCGGCUGGCGGGCGCGCUGAAGAUGCCGCGCGAGGCCGCGCGCUGGCUCGCCGCGCCGCUCGCGCCCGCCGGCCACCAGCCCGCGCCGCAGCAGGACGCCUUCCUGCGGGAGUUCAUGCUCGCUCACCAGCAAUGGGUAGAUUCAUCUGAGGAAUUUAAAGAGCAUUUACCAACUUUACCCGUGCCAUUAUUAGUGGGUGAAGACAUAGCUGUGUUGUGUGUCGGGCCGGCCCCUCUUUCAUCGCCAUGUCGGUCGCCCGCUACUUCAGUAUCAUUUAAUAAUCUUUCAAAUGAAACUUCUCAAACGGAUAAUGCAUACUGGAGUAAGCUUGAAGAAGCACUUCUCCAAGUGGCACAAGGCAGUAUUCCUAUGAUUUUCAAACCCACUUUUGAUUUGUAUACUCAAAAAACAGACAGUAAUCCAAUUGUACCGCAAGGAGAACCAAUACAUAUUGCAGUAACUUUAAAAAAUCCUUUGAAGGUAUCCUUGCUUUUAAAGGAUAUGGAAUUAUUAUGGCGUUUCACGCCAAAUGCAGAAGUAUUAGAAUCCGUUCAAGAUGAAUUCCUUAAUAAUGAAUCCAGCAUUGCAGCAGGUCACAUAUUGGAGAGUCAUGUGAUACAUGGACAAAAGAUACCGAAUUUACUCUUGGAAGGUGAAUGUCAAAAGAUGGUCACAUUUACCAUUACACCCCUAAAAAUAGGACAAUUGGACAUACAAGGUUUAGCUUACAAGUUAAUUAAUGCUGGAGAAGGUAGAGAGAAUGGUAAUAGUGUAGCUGUAAUGGGAAAAUUAGACAUUCAGAAACAGAUAAAUGGAUGCGAUAAAAGAUUACACAUAACAGUUAUAGAACCAGCCCCUUGUUUACAGAUGACAUUUACCGAGACGAACACGGAAGUUAUAAGUGGAGAAUUAAUGACGAUAGACAUAGAGUUUCGUAAUGUUGGACCGGCUGUUAUGAAGAAUCUGCACGUAGCAGUGUCGCAUCCGGAAUGCAUGCGGGUGGUAACAUCGGAGUAUCAGGGAGAUUCUUUGAAAUAUCUGUAUGAAGAUCGGUAUAAAGAUCCACCAGAAUAUACAGACGAGCGCAGCGCGCGUGCAUCCCUGCGGAGCCAGGCGGCGCAGCGGCGCGUGGUGGCCGUCAGCCGCGCGGCGGGCGCGGGCGCGGGCGCCUCGGCGUCCCUGUUCCUGCGCCCCAACAGUAACGCACCCGCGCUCUAUCUGCUCGCGUACUAUGAAACCGGGCUCAAGGCACGCCCCUAUCGACUGCUGCGACACAUGUUUCGAUUCACUACGAAGGAUGUUGUAGAAAUAUUAGUAACGCCUCGUAAAAGUCUAGGCUCAUUCGAAGGAAAAGUUAUGGAAAACAUACAAUUUGCUGUUGAAGUAAAAAAUAUAAGCAAUGAAAAAGAGGAAAACAUAUCUCUUGAAGUAUUGGAAGUGUCGCUUUUGAGUAGACAAUGGAAAUUAAACCACAUAACAUCGGCAUUAGAUGUCGAUAACUUAUUGAUAGCUCGCGAAAGAUUACAUCUUAUAAUGAAAGCUGUUAGAAUUUUUGAAGAGCUACCAGAAGGGCGAGUUGAGCAAUCAUCUUUAAAAGUUUCCAAAAGAGUGCCUGAAAAUGUGCAGUCAACUUUACCAUAUUCCACUUUUGUAACAGAUUAUGUGCCCUCUCUAUUAGAUAAUUUUGAUUCUCCUAAUCAUCAUGAAAUUAGAACUGGAAUGAUUCAAUCUAUGCUUAUUCUCAGAUGGAAUGCUUACAAUAAGGAAAGUGGAAGAAAGACAGUUGGUCAACAUUGUGUCUGGUUGGAUUGCUUUAAUAAAACUUUGUCUCGAAACAGAGAAAAAAUCGUUGAUCACACCGUACAAAUAGAUGAUUUUGAGAGUAAAGUGGAUAUCUUAAGGGAUAGCAAAGUUAAAGGCGAAAAAAAUAAUGUCGUUAUUUUAAGAUUAGAACAUUCGAAUUAUGUAGAUCACAACUUUAAAGCCAGAAAAUUGUGUAUUAUACCUAUAGCUAUUAAUAUAGUGAAUUGCUAUGGAGUACCUGUUAAAGUAUUUAUAGACAUGUUAAAACAGCAAAAUAGAGAAUCUUCUGGUAUUCUUGGUUGGGCUGGAGCUCUGAACAACGGUUUUUCAGCCGAUUCUAAGGAACUGGGCCUGAACGUGUCUUUAGAAAAAUUUGAAUCACGCUGCAUAAAGGUUCAAGCGCUAUGUGCCGCCCCAGGAACAUACACGGUUGGUGCUGCUUUCUCUGUGUCUACAAUCAUCGGAACUGGCAACACAGCAACAACACAGUUUAUCAAUAAUACAUCUUUAUUAAUUGUUAAGCAAGUUGCAUAAGCUAUGUUAUUCAUUGUUUCAAAUGAUAAUUAUUAUAUAAAUAUAUUAUUUGUUUCUUUAACUA